AUGGAGCAGAGCAGUGGUGAAGGGAGUCUCAUCUCCUCCAAGACCUCGUGCAUUCUCGAUCUCCCACCGAGUUGUAUAGAAUUUUGCCCCGCGCAUCUGGGCUAUUUUGUGGUGGGGACGUACAACUUGGAAAAGAGAGAGGAUGAACAAACUGAGACGCAAACCGGUGACGACGACGAAGAUGAUCAUCAAGAGGCAGCAGCAUCCAAAGCACCGCAGAGCCGAAAUGGCAGUCUCAUAAUCUUCCGGUUAGAAGAAGGCCAGCUACAUCUUAUUCAGACAGUCUCCCGCCCCUCGGCCAUCUUAGACCUGCACUUUCAGGCUCUUAGCGGCUAUCAAGAUAUCGUCGCUGUCGUCUCUAGCACGGGAACUAUCUCCGUUUUCCGUCUAGAUCCUGGCCGCUCCGCUUCGGAGCCCUUGCAGGCUCUCUCGACUAGCCGGAUACCUGAUAUAGACGAGGAUGUCUUGUUCUUGUCCUUUACUUGGCACCCAUCCUCACCGGAUCUUCUCGCAAUCACAACCUCUACAGGUGAAUUGAGGUUGGUACGUCUUGAUCUUACGACCUUUGAGAUUCGCGCAUCUCAGAUUCUCCCAGUUGCGAACUCUCUCGAAUGCUGGUGCGUUGCAUUAAGCCCACCUACGUCCCGUGAGGAUGAGGAGCAAACUGCUGUUUUAUACUCUGGCGGUGACGACUCCGUACUUCGGUAUAUAUCACUGUCUAUGCCGCCCGAUAUUGAUGACUCUGUCUUGGUCGAUGUUCCCUAUCCUCCGGCGGUAAUGAAGAAAGACCAUGAGGCCGGUGUUACCGCAAUACUCCCUCUUCCUCUAUAUUUGGAGGAUGGUUCGCGGAUUGUCAUGACGGGAAGCUACGACGAGAACCUAAGGAUCUUUGCGAUGCAAGACCCGCAAACCACCUUCGGCUUAAAGCGGACAAGACUUCUGGCGGAUCAUGGCCUGGGAGGCGGUGUCUGGAGGCUCAAGGUCAUAAAAAUCGAUAAGAUUCGCGGAUCUGAGCCAAGUUGGAAGAUUCGCCUUCUGGCAUCAUGCAUGCAUGCUGGCACAAGGAUAGUUGAUGUGUCAAUAUCCCACGAUGGGACAGCUUCGGUCGAGGUUCUUUACCGGUUCGAAGAACAUAAGUCGAUGAAUUAUGGCAGUGAUUGGAUACAAGCUGUUGAUGAGAGAGGGAUUAAUGUUGUUUCAACCAGCUUCUAUGAUAGGCUUCUUUGUCUGUGGCAGGCUUGA